GGACAUUUUGCGGCCAACGUGGAAACCCUAAAUGGGGAGCAAACAUCUUGCCCCACGUGCGGAGAAAAACUCACCCAGACCAGAGGGAUCGAAGUGGGGCACACGUUUUACCUGGGCACCAAGUACUCCUCCGUCUCCAACGCCGUCUUCUACUCCCCCGAGAACAAACCCCAGCUGGCAGAAAUGGGUUGCUACGGCCUCGGCAUCACUCGCAUCCUGGCGGCCGCCAUCGAAGUGCUCUCUACGGAGGACAGCAUCCGUUGGCCGAGCCUCAUCGCACCCUACCAGCUCUGCUUCAUUCCCCCCAAGAGAGGCAGCAAGGAGGAGGAGGAGGGAGCUGCGCUGCUGGAGCGGGUGUACGAUGACCUCGCCGAAGCGCUGCCCCACCUCGCCGGCGACUCGGUGCUGGACGACAGGACGCAGCUGACCAUCGGCAAAAGGCUAAAGGACGCCAACAAGCUGGGCUAUCCCUACGUGGUCAUAGCCGGGAAGAGGGUUUGCGAGGACCCCCCGGUCUUCGAGGUCUGGCGUCAGGACACCGGCCAGGUUUUGUUCCUCACCAGGGAAGGUGUCAUUGAGUUGCUGAGUAAAGUGCAAGUCCCUUAAA